CGCAUCAUGUCGACCUCCCGCCUCCCCAACAUCCCCGCCCUCAGGAAACAUGGUGCUGACCGCUCCCGCAGCGCAAGCUUGCAACAUGCCGCUCCUCCGGGCACGUACGUGAGCCUCAGCCCCGGCGAUCCAACUCUCUGGCUGGGCGUCAUCUUCGUUCGCUCCGGUCCCUAUGCCUCCGCCGUCCUCCGCUUCCAGAUCCGCUUCCCCGCCUCCUAUCCCGACAUGCCCCCUCUGGUCAAUUUCGCUACCGACGUCUUCCACCCCCUGAUCGUGCCCCUCACCACAUACACCUUCAGCACUGGUGCGUCGAGCGAAGACCCCGUCAGCGCCACGGACGACGAGCGCUUACCCCCUGGUGGGUUCAGUCUGCGGCAUGGAUUCCCGCACUGGUUUGGACGCGCCAAGCGCGCGGGGUUGAAUUCGAAUGCUUCGGUUAAGGAUACUAGUGGAAGGAAUUCGAGUGCUAGUGGUGGGGUGCCCGAGUCUCCGGUUAAGGACAAUGGGGUAGAUGAUAAUGUUCCCGGUUCGCCGGCGGAGCAGUCUACGGGUGGAGGUGAAGGGGAGGGCGAUAAAGAGGAUGGAGAAAGAGAUAGGGAUGUGGAUGGUAAUGGGGAUGGGGAGGGAGAGAGAGAGGAGACGGAGGAGGUCCUUGUCGUACCCCCCGUUGACAAACCGGUCGAACCGCGGAAAACAGUCCCGGCUUCGGUCUUGUUGGAUUACAUUCGGUCGACGUUCGAUGAUGAGGCGGUUCUUGACUCUUUGCCGCUCGAGGCGGCAGGCAAUCCCAGUGCGUGGCAUGCGUGGAAAGCACACAGGAAGGAGAGCAGUAGCGCUGCGUCGCUCAGUGAUCUGAAGAAGGGAAGCCCGCAGGCCAGGCUCCCGGGUGAUUGGCACUGGGAUGGGAUCUGGGCCAGACGUGUGCAGAACGAGAUCGAGGCUAGUAGCUCGGAUGCAACGUUGUUCGGGAACGUGGCGCGAGGGGGCGUGGAAGAGAUGAUUAGGUUCUCGAGACUCGAUGAUACUACGUUAACCUCGAUCAAGGAGAUCAUGAUCCCGCGGACGGGCGAAGUGCGCGAUUAAUUCGAUAUACCCAUCAAUAAAAGUUCCCGGGGAUUCCAGUUGAUCUGAUAUACCUACCUAAUACAUAAUUAAAUUAUGGUUUCAG